AUGACAGUUUUUGGUUUAUUAACCUAUCGUAACAUCAAACAUUUACAACAAGGCCAGAAACGAACUACAAUUGAACGUCAGCUUGGUCAAAUGCUAACUUUGCAAGUCAUCUGUGUUUUUGUUGCAACAUGUGCUUAUACAACACAAAAUUUCUACACUCUAAUUACGAUGUACAUACCGAAAACUCCUCUCCGUCAAGCACAAGAAAAUGUCGGUUUAGCAAUUGCAUUAUUUUUCUCAUUUACAUGUUAUACAUUUAAUUUCUAUCUUUAUCUGAUCUUCUCACCAUCGUUUCGUAAACAAUUCACGAAAGUACUGAAAAGAUGUUUGGGUGGUGAUAGGAACUCAGUUAAACCCUCAAAUGGAGCAUUGACACGUAAUACACAUAAGACAUGCAACACACGUAGUACACGUAAUGGACUUUCUAUGGUUGCUUUUGAUGGUCCUCCGCAACAAUGUUCAGUUGUAUUUCUUCCCAAGCCGUCUCAAGUUACAAAACAAUCCUGUAAUUAA